AUGGCAUCCAACCCCGGUCAGAUCUCGCCUCUUCGUGGUAUUACUCGGCACAUUACCGGCCACAAUGCCGAAGGGAAAGCAGUGAUCCACUCAUCGAACGCGGGGCAAUGGGAGUCACUAGACGAAAGCUCCAUGGCAUUCAAUGUCAUGUACACUACUUCCCAAUUCCCCGCCGACCUCAACCAUGAUGCCGACCUGAAGGCACACGAGGCGCGCUCAAAGACUAUGGGUCUAGUCAACCCUGGCGGAACCGUAUGCCGCAUUGUGGACUUUGCCCCCAACAAUCACGCUGUCGUUCACCGGACUCAGAGUCUGGACUAUGGGGUGGUUCUCGAGGGCCAAAUUGAAAUGAUCUUGGAGGAGGGCGAACCGACUCUCAUGCAGCGUGGAGAUGUCGCAGUGCAGCGGGCUACAAUGCACGGCUGGCGAAACCCCAGCGAAACCGAGUGGACCCGAAUGCUCUUCGUGCUGCAGGACUGCCAGAAAUUGACUGUGGCUGGGAAGGAAAUGGGUGAAGAAUUGGGCAUUGCGACCGGCAUUAUCCCCCCAAGUGGAAAUAACCAAGCCAAGGAGUCUUCUCUUUGA